UCGCGCUGUCAAGCGCAUCUAUACGUGAUUAAAAUUCGGUCCCUAGCGAAAGCUUCACCGUCUCAUCACUACCACAACCGCCAAUACUACGAAGUAACGGGAUCGCAGCAUCCUCUGCAUUGCAACGGUAGUCAAUUUUCUUCUUCCAACAUUCCGGGAAAAAUAGAAAAAAUAGCGGUUCCGCCGUCGGUCGGGUUGCGGAGUGCAUAUCCUACUGCUGGUGCUUUGCCAACCUUCAAGACGGAAGACCCGAGGCAAACGGGGACAGAGUCUCGCGCCACGGGUAGGGAAAAUCCAGUCCCUCCCGCUAGCCGACGCUGGGUCCCUCCAUCCCUGAGACCGCAACAUGGACUCACUGAAGAGGCCAGAAUUGAUUCGAUUUUUCGAAAAGUUCGUGGUAUUCUAAACAAACUUACACCAGAGAAAUUCCAGAAGCUUAGUGAUGAACUGCUUAAACUAGAUCUGAACUCGUCGAAAAUUUUGAAUGGUGUUAUUCUGCUGAUCUUCGACAAGGCUUUAGAUGAACCGAAGUACUCGUCUAUGUACGCACAGCUGUGCAAGCGUAUACAAAAAGAGCUAGAAACCGAUAUCGACAAGAGCAAAUCCAGCACCUUCCUGCAAAUUCUGCUGAACGUUUGUCGCGAUAAGUUCGAGAAUCGCGUCCAGUACAGUGAGAAGAUCAUCAAUUCUGAAAGCACACUAACGGAUGAUUUGGAGGAGAAGAAAAAUGUCGCUAAACAAAAGAUAUUGGGCAAUGUCAAGUUUAUUGGCGAGCUCUACAAGCUCGGCAUGCUGGUCGAGGCUCACCUGCACAAGAUGCUUCGCUCGCUGUUUACCAACAAGUCCAGCUCAUCGACGGAGAAGAACUGCGAGGACAUGGAAUGUUUGGCCCAGCUCAUUCGGACAUGCGGAAAGAAUCUGGAUACAGAGUUGGGAAAACAGCUGAUGGAUCAGUACUUCGAACGGAUGGAAAAGUAUUCGCAAUCGCAAUCGAUGUUUCCGCCGCGCAUCCGGUUCAUGCUGCGCGAUCUGAUUGAAUUGCGCAAGAACAACUGGACACCGCGGAAGGUGGCUUUGGUCGAGGGCCCUGCCCCGAUUCAGGAACUAAAUCAUGACGAUGAUGUUCUUCCGCCAGGACUAAAUCACUUGCGAAAUCGGGACCGCGACUAUCGCAACAACGAUCGCAGUGAGCAACGCGAUUGGAUAGGCAAAUUUUCGUUUAAUUUGCAUAAUCUGAACGAUGGUUUCAAUUUAUUAAGCGUAUCCAGUCCAUCUCCGUUGCUUCCGUCAAGCUAUAAUCAAUCGUCCAACGGUUACGGAAAUCGCGACCAUCGUGAUAAUGGAGGUGGUGGUGGAGGCGGCGGCAACUAUCGCAUGCAUAAUAACCGCAACAACCAGAAUAACUAUGGCAACAACAAUAUGCGCUACAACAAACACAACAACCAUCAUCAUCAGGGCGGCGGUGGAGGCGGCAUGAGAGAUGGUGGCGGCAAUGGUUCUCAUACAUCGGCUUAUGGCGGAAAUACGGGCAUGAUGAUUAACAAAGACUUAGCUCCCCGAUUCAAACGCAAUUUGAUGACCCCACCUCAAAAUCCUGUCGAGGAACUGCAGAUGCGUCCGACUCCUAACAGUUUGUUGUUUAAAGCCAAUAUGAACAUCAAACCCCAGAUGCCAAUUUCUUCUACAAUCGGAGGAGGCACCAGUGGCAAUGCAAAGGCCAACUUCAACGGACCACCACUGAACGAAUUCCCAUCGCCGUUAACAACUCGUACGCUGCUUAGUGAGCAGCGCAAUGCUGGACAAAUCAACAGUAGUGCCUUUACAGGAGGCAGUAACAGUAUGGGUGGCAAUGGAAACUUUGGUGGAUCCAGUAACUCAGCGUCAUCCUCCUCGACCACAGUUACUCCACGCGGAGGCAUACAAGCCGACAAUGGUGCAAACAUGGGCGCGGGCAGAAAUACAGGAAGUUCGCAACAAACUUCCAACCAAAGCAACGCUCCGAACGUGAUGAAUCAUCGCCAUCAGCAGCACAUGUCACAAGGAAUGAAUCCGCGACCGAUGGGUGCCUCCGAAGGCGGAAACAUGCACCUGAAUAAACUUCAUUCGGAACUGAAUCAACAUCACCAUCAUUACCAACAAAACCAACAAGGCCCACACGUGCAAGUUGCCGAACACCAUCAUCAUGGCGGUCGUGACAUGAACGGCGACAACAGCAGGAUGAAUAAUAGUCAUCACGAAGCACCGCAUCGUCAGACUAAUGAACCGCUAAAUUCAGGCUUACCGAACGCGGCAGGUAUGGGCAAUAGUAGUAACACAAAUAACACUUUGCUCUUGAUGAACGGCAGCAAAAUGAUUCCGAAGGAACAAGUGGUCAAGCAAGCUUCUUCGGAUAAAAACGAAAAGAAAAAGAAAGAAAAGGGUUUGAGUAAGGAGGAUCAUAUGAAGCGUAUCGCAACAUUCGUCAGCGAAGUUAUGCUGGAGAACAUCAAACAGCAAAUCGAGGAAGAUGAACAAAAAGUAAACGAAGAAGAGAAUGACGAAAAGAACCUGAACGAACCAAAAGGUGCAUCGGUGACGGAAGUGGUUGUCGAAGUUGUUGAUAACAACGAAGAAAAAAUUGAAACCGUAGUAACACCAUCACUAACGGAUGAGCCGAAUGAAAACGACGAGCCACAGGUCGCACCUGCCGUUGUGAAAACACCGUUGAUUGAAAAUGCGGAACUCAUCGAACAGAAGUUGACAACAGAAGAAGACGACCUUGUGGAGAAGGAAAAGAAACUUGAGGAAGAUGAAAACCGAGCCGUCGACAUUCUUCGAGGGGAGGAGAAGUUGGACGUUGGUUCGGAAACGCAGAAGGAUGAGAAUGAUUCGACAGCGUUGGAAAGCGAACAACAACAGGAACAGGAGCCUUCAACUGAGGUCGAUACUACCUCCGACGAAGUGAUGAAGCCUCAGGAAGAAACAAAAGGCUCUUCUAUGUCGGUCGCUAGUCCAGAAUUGACAGAAUUAUUGGAUGAAAAACAGAUAUUGAAAAAAACUUCACUGAUGGAAGAGUUAGUUAACGCAUUCGGCGACCUGAAGAUUCCGGAAAAGUUUAUGCGUGAAGCCAUGAUUGCAAUUUUAAAUCAAGUGCUGGAUCGGGAUGAUGCAUACCACGCAAAGACGAUUGAAUUUCUACAGAUUCUUAACAAAGAAACGAAACUUUCUCUCAGUGCUGCUCUUGAAUCAUUUAAAUCGAUUGUUAACGGAAUGAACGAAAAAGAGAAAACCAUUCCGAAAAUUACGACCAUCAUUGGAUCGCUGUUGGCGCGAGCCGUCGCCGGUAAUCUGUGCAAUCUGUCCGAUAUUGCAAACUUUGCCGAAAAUGGGCAGCAUUAUCCGCUGUUUCUGCUCGUGUUGCAGCACUUACACAAGCAGCUUGGCAAGCAACCACUACAAGAGCUGUUCAAUAAAAGCAAAGUGAAUUUAAUGUCCAGCCUGCCGGAAUGCGAUCGUACGAAGGAUCGCAUGGCUGAAAUCUUGGAAGAUCGCAACUUGAACUUCCUGUAUCCGUUGCUGCGCGUGCAAGCCGAACUAUGGAAGCAGAUUCAAUCGGACGCGAAUCCUCAACAGUUCUACAAAUGGAUCAAAGAGAAUGUCGAACCGUCUUGCUACGCAGAACAGGGUUUUAUCGUGGCCAUUAUGACGGUUUUGCUUAAAUACAUUUAUCAGGAAUCGGAAAAUUUGAAGGAAGAUAAGAAGCGCAUCGAGAAAGAAAAGGAAAUUUUAACCAAGUAUUGCCCCGUACUGAACGCUUUCCUUAAUGGCAAUAACGAUCUACAGCUGACUGCUGUGUAUGCAAUUCAAGUUUACUGGUAUAGCAUUGGCUAUCCAAAAGGUGUUCUGUUACGGUGGUUCCAAGAGAUGUACGAAUUGAGCGUCAUCGAGGAAGAGGCAUUCCUGCGAUACAAGGAAGACGUCACCGAUAUAUAUCCAGGCAAGGGCAAGGCACUGUUUCAAGUCAAUCAAUGGCUUACAUGGUUGGCAGAAGCGGAAGACGAAGAUGACGAUGAAGAAGAUUAAAAUCUUUUAGUAUCACCACAAGCGCCAUUAGCGCAGAGAACAAUUUAUGCAACACAUUCGCCCCAAUUUUAAUUUUCGGAUCAGAGUAUUCUGCAACCUUUCUUUGGUUUUUAGAGUCGUAUACCUUUGUGUUUUAGCAACUUUUACACCAGGGCACGGAAUAUGUCUCAUGUGUUGCCACUUUCGAACUGAAAAAUUAUCCAUGAAUAUUAGUAACGCGAGAGAAGUGUAAUGGUAGGGUUUUCCUAUUUUGCUUUUUAUUAAAUUCGAUAGUGCACGGCGAAGAGUAGCAUUGAUGUGAGAAAAGAAAAUAUUGAUUUGAAUAACGACGAUGGGAUGAUGCGGCGCAGUGCCGUUUCGCUCAACUGAUUUUUUAUAAGAACAUUGUGUGAUCAAUUCGCUCUUACCAAGGUGUGAUUGAAUGAUUAAAAUAUUGAAAAAAAGCAAAACGUUUAUCAGUAUGCAAUAUUGCGAUAUUUGGUUGCGCCUCAUACACUCAGAUUAGACAAUUGUAUUGUAGAGAACUGUAAUUUAAUAUAAUUAUUUCAUCCAAUACUUAUUUACUCCCUUACUAGAAUCAAACGUGUGCAAAUCCUGAAUGCACAGAAUAGUAAAUUCGCGCCGGUUCUGCUGAUAACAAUAUUCCACAUCAGUAACAUUUUCAAAACAUAUAUUCGAACAAUUAACUCUUCUAACUGUUUUCAAAAAAAAAGUUUACCGUUGUUAGGCAGUUUGGGUUUUGGGAAUAGUUUUAACAAAAGAAACAAAAAAUCUACACAAUAUUGCUGUGUUUCGCUAAAGCUAAUUGACUAGUAUGCGUCCUCAAAAAAAAAAAUAGGUACUCGAUAAAUGGUUAAAAUGCAGUAUAAUCGGAUCAAAAUAUGUUUUUUCUUUCGGAGAUAUCCAGCCGAUGAAUGGAAUUCACGCAAUCUAAUUUUAGCUACGAUUUGCGUGUCAUUAGUUUACGUUGCGAAGGUUUUUAAAUUGAAUUUCAUUAGUGGGAUCGUGAAGAUAAACGAUAUUGGAAGUUAAAAUACAAAAAAAUCAACAGCACAACUUCUUUAGGCUCUGAUCGCUAGUACGAUGUUCGUUCUUCACAACAGACAGACGAUUGUUCUUGAUGUAUGAUCUAUGAUCGUUAGACUAUAGUAAAAUAUCUUAUCGCACACGGGAAAACCUGAGUAUAAAAAAGCACGCAUUUCCCCUUCUCCAUCUGGUAACUAAUCUCCAGCAAGUCUGCAUAUGAUCUUCAUACUUUGCUUCUGUCUGAUUUUACCACCCAUUGCAACAUAGGCACGUUUUAGAAGGCGCAGUGCAGAGAAAGUUUGUGAAGUCACCGUAAGCAUACAAAUACAGCGCUGUGUACCAUCCUUGGUAAACUUAGACGCAAAAUAAUUACACAAGAAACAAAUCAUUACUUAUCGGUAGAUUGAUUUAUCAUGCGGAACAGUGCUGAUGGUAGACAAUUGCAUUGAAAUGCUCCUCCAACGUUCCAGUGCAGUAUCCAUCCCAUCCGGCAGGAAGCUGCAAGGGCCAAGCUGUUAGAGCAAUGGUUCAGAAUAAUACACCAUCAAAUCAAACCCAAAAACUAAACUGUGCACUGAAGCCUUGGUACGCGUUUCGCUCAGCAGCAAGUGGCUGUUAAUCGCGUUGAACCGGAAAACAAACGAUAACAUGAGCGCACGCGUUAGUGUAGGGUGGCAGAAAGCAUCUGCAUGUUUUGUAACGGCUUCAUUUCUAGCAAAGCGUAUGUGUGUUGUGUUCGAGUCGAUUGGAAUGGUUUCGUAGUGUCGAUUUACACGUAUUUUAUUUAUUAAUAGCAGAAUAAAACGUAAUCACACACAAUGUUGAUGAUUUCGAAACCUCAAUUUGAACUGUUGAAUGUAAACACACGGACACGCUUCCAACGUGCGUAUACUUCAAUUAUCAGGAUUUAUUCGUGAAUAUAAUAUUAUCCAUAAAAACAAACGCAAAA